GUGUUUCAGGUGGGAUGUAAAGCCAGCUUGGUGUUUUUCCAGUACUUCAUCAUGGCUAACUUCUUCUGGCUGCUGGUGGAGGGGCUGUACCUCCACACGCUGCUCGUCGUCAUCUUCUCCGAGAACAGACACUUCAUCGUCUACAUGUUCAUCGGCUGGGGAUUCCCCCUGGUGUUCGUGUUUGCGUGGGUUAUGACGAGGAUUUAUCUGGAGGACACGGGAUGCUGGGAGAGGAAUGACAACCCCAUACCCAACUGGGUGAUUAACGGACCAAUCGGUUUAUCCAUUAUGGUGAACUUUAUCCUGUUCAUCAGCAUUAUUCGGAUCUUGGUCCAGAAGCUGAGGUGUCCUGACGUGGGCGGAAACGACCAAUCACAAUACAGGAGAUUGGCUAAAUCCACCCUGCUGCUGAUCCCUCUGUUUGGGAUCCACUACGUUGUCUUCGUUUGUCUCGGCGGAUCCAUCGCAGAGGAUUAUAAAAUAUUCUUCGACCUGGCACUCGGAUCCUUUCAGGGUCUGGUGGUGGCCAUUCUGUACUGUUUCCUAAACAGUGAGGUUCAGGGUGAGCUUAAAAGAAAGUGGCGGAGUAUGUGUUUGAACUGCCGUCUGAACAGAGAUCACUUCAGCAACACCUUCGCCUCCAGGAACGGUUCAGAGCACAUGGUGCAACCUCACAGAAACUCCAGAACCCAGUCCAUCCUGCAGUCUGAGACCUCUGUGCUCUAAAGGCCAUUAAAGGUCCCCUACUACACUGUUUUUCAUC